GCCGUACGAAACACCACUACUCCUCCACUUUGGUUUUACAUUUCGUCGAAGAGUUCCGACAGAUUGGUAAUCAUUAAUCAACGCUUCCAACGCUAGACACGUGUCAACAAGAUUGUCUAACUCUCCACGUGGCAUGACCUCAACCACCUGCCUGAACGGUUAUGUUAUCUUUCCCUCCACAAAUGGACCCCCUACUUUGCCUUGCUCUAAGCUUCCGUAGACAGAUGCUUUGAUCCUUUGGAAUCUUCCACUAGUUUCAGUCUUCACGCAUCUAAUAGUAAACUGCAAACGUCGUCGUUUCGUUUGCUUCAUUCCCUUCUCCGCCUUACCUUUUUCCUUUUUAGCUUCGUUGCUGCUCUCAGAAACAUACAUCACUCGGAAAGUUCAAUUUUCAAUUGUUCAUUAUUUUAAUUAAAAGUAUAUAAUUUAAAUAAAUAAUUUAUUGUGAUGAGGGCGUUGAACUCGCGGCUAGUUCUGAUCGACAUCAACAGCUCGUGGCAAGCAUCGCGACGGUUAAUCUCCGCAACCGCAACCGCUUUUUCAUCCUCCUCCUCCUCAUCCUCCUCCUCAUUCCGUCGAACACGUGGCGCGCGUCAGAGGAUCGCUUCAUCGAAAUCUCCGGCGUCUCCUUCCCCGAUCCGAAGACCUUCCGAUAAAUUCAGCUUCGAUGCUCGGCCGCCUCCAGCCGAUUCAGAUACCUCCGGCCCGAUCUCGACGGUGGAGCUCGACGCCUUCCUCGAGAUCCUCCCUCCGGCGACGAGGAAGGAGCUAAUCAAGCACGAGUCCCUCGGCGAACUGAUCGAGGUGGUGAUGGAUCUAGGGAGGAAGCCACUCGCUAGAUUCCCUACCGGCGAUUGGGUGAUCUCAGAGACGCCUGUGACGCAGCAAGAUCUGAAGCUCGCCGUAUCAAAGGUUGGUGACUUCUCGGAUGAUAACCGAUCAGGGAUUAACAGAUCGUUACAUCGUAUAAGCGCGAUACGUAACCGUAAACUCCAGAUAAUUGGUCUGACGUGUCGAGUGGGACGAGUUGUAUCCGGAAGUGCGGAGAUCAUAAGGGACUUGAUAGAAGGAGGAGGAUCCAUCUUGGUCAUAGGCUCUCCUGGUGUUGGCAAAACAACUUUAAUCAGAGAAAUCGCACGGAUGUUAGCUGAUGAACACAGGAAACGUGUGGUGAUCGUUGACACGUCAAAUGAGAUCGGUGGUGACGGUGAUGUUCCUCACUCUGGUAUCGGUCGUGCUAGGCGGAUGCAAGUUCCGAAUGUGAAUCUACAGCACGAUGUUAUGAUCGAGGCGGUUGAGAAUCAUAUGCCUGAGACUAUCAUUAUCGAUGAGAUAGGAACAGAGCUCGAGGCGUUAGCUGCUAGUACUAUUGCUCAGAGAGGAGUUCAGCUUGUUGCAACUGCUCAUGGGAUGACUAUUGAUAAUAUAAUCAAGAAUCCUUCGUUGCAGCUUCUUAUUGGUGGUAUCGAGAGUGUGACUCUUGGUGAUGAAGAAGCAAGGAAACGAAAAGUGCAGAAGACAAUUCUGGAGAGAAAAGGACCUCCAACGUUUACUUGUGCUGUAGAGAUGAUAUCGAGAACCGAGUGCCGUGUUCAUCAGAGGCUAGAUGUAACCGUUGAUGCUAUACUAGCGGGGAAAUCCGCUCCAUGUGAGAUCCGUAAACUUCGUGGUGGAGAAGAUGAUGUUCCUCAUAAGCUAGUGACUCCCAUUCCUUUGGAGAGUCUUGAAGAGGAGCCUGCACCAUUGCUCAACAUAGAUUUUGCAAGUGAAGUGCUGUCUGACGACGAAGAUGAAGACUUAGACUUUCUUCCCACUCCGUAUAAGAAGGCCAGCAGUAACAUAUCCAAGAGCCAAAGAAGUUCACCUGUUCAUGUUUAUACUUACAAUGUACUUGAAGCUGAUCUUCUUCAAGUAGCCGAAGUUAUGGGGCUAGAAGAAGACAUAGAAGUGACAGAUGAUGUUGGAGAAGCAGAUGUCAUUCUAGCCUCAAGUUCGGAACUGAAACAGAAUCCAUCAAUCCGUCGUGUUGCCAAAUUACACAAGCUACCAAUAUUUGUCAUUAAGUCAACUACAAUGGCUCAGAUGGUCAAGGCAGUUCGAAUGAUCCUUGGGAGAGAAUCGUUUGGCUCAGCCCCUAUAACCAUAGAGAAAUCUUCCGUUGAUGAUAUCGAGAUCAAAGAUGAUGCUCCAGAGAGCAAACCCAGUUUAGAAGAACUUGAUGCCCUCGAGGAGGUUCGUCUAGCAAUCGAAUACAUAGUAAUCCCGGGAGGUGAACCAGUGGAGCUUCUUCCUAGACGUUCAGACAUAAUAGUCCGACAGCUAGAGCUGGUAGAGAGUUACCAACUCGCGGUGGAGAAUCUCGGCACUCACCUUAACCCGCGGCUUCAGAUACUUCCUCGUCGUUCCACCAAGAAAAUGUUGCCAUCUUCAUCCGCAAAGAAAGCAGCAGAUGAUAACAUGGGGAAAACCGCUACUCGUCUUCCUUUCCUCGAGGAUUGAAGUCUCUAACUCAACGUAUGGAUCCCUAUCUAUACAACAUUGCAGACACUCGUGAACAUUUGUACAUUCAGUGUAAGUAAUAUGUUAAUGUUGUUGGUCAAUGGUCAUUGUUAGUUUGUUACUCAUUUGCAAUGUAUAUUACAACUCCAAUGCUCUGUCUCCUUUAAAUAUUCACAUGGGUAACUGUAAUGUUGAGCAAAAAUGAAAAAAAAGGGUGCAAUCUGUAGAUAUA